AUGAGUGGGACAGUGGAGAAAAGCUCAGCAUCAACAAAAACUCCUGCGGACUUUCUUAAAUCCAUUCGGGGUCGACCCGUCGUGGUGAAAUUAAACUCCGGUGUCGAUUAUAGAGGCAUUCUAGCCUGUUUGGAUGGAUACAUGAAUAUCGCGAUGGAACAAACAGAGGAGUAUGUCAAUGGACAGUUAAAGAACAAGUAUGGGGAUGCUUUUAUUCGAGGAAACAAUGGUAAUCCUAUCUCAAAUUUCCUUUCUGUUGUGUAUGAAUGUCUUAACUCCUCUGCUCUUUUCGAGGUGGAUUGGCUGUAUGUACCAAUCCCGAGAGUACUCUUGGCUUGGCCCCUCUACUCGGGUGCUGCUGUUUUGAAAGAGUUGCGCAGAGAUGUUUUUUAA